AUGCACCGUUGGCAUGAGUCUGGCUGCCAACGGCCAGAUGUAUCUGCUGCCAGCGGCAUUCCUUACUGUACUUACUGCUUUGCGAUCCCCUCCUUAGAAGAGCAGCUCGUCGUACCACAGCCGCCACCCGAGCUCCAAAACCGGAAGCGGAUGAACCUCUCAUGGCCAUCGAUUGUCACCUACAGCGACUGGGAAUCUGAGGAAGAGGGUCAACUUGGCCAUAGACACAGUCGGAAUGGCCUGUCAGAAUUACAGUCGCAGAAGUCGUUGCUACCAGAGCUUCCGUCCGAAGACAGUGUGCGCCUCCUGCGGCUGAGGCCUGGCUCCGACAACGAGCCUAUCCACGCAGAUUUUAAAACUGUGCGCAUCAACCAAAUCCCUCUCCCGCUGUACGAAGCUUUGUCGUAUACCUCCGUCCAUGACCCCGCUGACCCGUGCGAAUCCUGUCCGGUUUAUCUAGGGAGUUACUGGGAUGUUUUUUAUGUGCCUAGAACCUGCGGCAAGGCCCUUCGGCAGUUGAGACAUCGGAGGGCGGAUAGAUUGCUGUGGGUAGAUGCUUUGUGCAUUGAUCAAGCACGAUUGGAAGAGAAAAAUAGCCAGGUUCGUAUCCUGCGCGAGGUAUUCUUGAGAGCGACGAAAGUACUGGCGUACGUUGGGGACGAACACCCCGAUGUUGACUACGCGUUGAGCUUUCUCAAGAAUACGAUAUUCCACCCAACAAAAACAGACUACUAUUCGACUUUAAGCAAGGACGCCCGAAGCAGCUUUUUGAAGUUGCUUGACCUGCCAUACUUCUCACGGCUUUGGGUACUUCAAGAGACGCUCAUGGCACGCGAGUUGGAAUUUGUCUGUGGUGGUGUCUCUGCACGGUGGCCACAACGCUCAUUCUGUUACGCUUCUGAGCUAGGCGUACCAUCUUGGCUUCUCAGAGAUUCGAAGUGGUAUCCGUUCACCGCGAAAGACCUUUUGAACGUCUUGGUGGAAGGAUCGACGUAUCAAUGCACCGAUCCACGAGAUAAAGUAUUUGCGCUUCUUGGUUUAAUGGCUAAUAAGCCUAUUGUUCCCGAUUACCGGCUACCGACGGAGAGUGUAUAUGUCGGCAUUGCGGCAUACUUUGUCAAACAUCCAAGCACAGUGGACGUACUUGCACUGGCAGGACAGAAGAAUAAGUGCUUUGAUCUGCCAUCAUGGGUUCCUGAUUGGUCCCAGAGCAUGUCACGGCCAUCGCUCGACACCUUCCUACGAGCUGGCAUCCGGACCGAUCAAGACGAUUCCUUAUUGGAUGGCGCAAUUCGUGUCAAGUUCGGAGGUCUAAGUAAUUCUGGUGGCGACAUCAAGGUGAGCUCGUCUACGGGAACAAUGCAGCUCCAAGGUUUCAAGUUUUGCACGAUAGCAGGUGACAAGAAUUUGGUUCGAGAGUAUACUCACAUCCAACUGCCAGCCAAUUGCAGAGGCGCCUUUAUCAUUUCGAUUCCUCAUCAGAACUAUGAGAUCCACGAGUCCGAUAGUCUGUUUCUCUUGAAUGGGUACAGGUACCCUGUCAUUCUUAGGGAGAUAACAAGCCGCGUCUAUACCCUGAUUGCAGCUUGUGUUCUCUCUAUCCAGGCCCCUUCCUCCAAGCUUUUCGUCUGCUGGUACCGGCGGCAACGACGACUGGGACCUUCACUACAGCUAAGCGUGUCAGCACUGACACCCGAAGACGAUCACUCACUUCAGCAGUUAUAUUCCAGGCUGGAGCCGACACAUCAAUCGUACAAAGGUUUACCCACUGCUACUACUAUCCGAACCAGGGCGCUAAGCUUUUUGAUGCUCCCUCACACAACCAUUCAAAGAGUCGAGAAAAGCCUACGGGUAGAUUGGUAUAAGUGGAAUCAGGAACUCGGCUGGAUGUUUCGUGAUCAAUCGGCCAUCUGGCAAUUCCUUGCCAAAGUCAAUCAGCUACGCACAGACGAACGAACAGGAGAGGAUAGAAUAGAUUUAAAGGGGCCUGACCUUUCAUCUCUCACAAGUUCUGGAAGAGAUUUUUCAACCGCCUACUUCUGGGAUCUCUCACAAUUCUGCUGGUCAUUCCUUCAUCCGACCGACACAGCGCAACCCGCACCACAACUCCAAUGGUCUCCGAUCUUGGGCCACCUACAGUCCCACCUACCGGAGAUCCAGAAAUGGGCUCAAGUAACCGAGCAGCUGCUCAGAGUUUUCAAAUACACGGCCAGCUUACUUGAGGAUGAGUGGGUUUUGUUCCCGGGCUCGCAGUUAUCCCGCAAAUGGAUGAGCAAUUACGAGAAAUUCCUCGCCGUGCAUGGCUCCACUGUCCAACAGGAGGAGGAGAUGCAGCAAGAACGACGGCCGCACCUCGCCCCAGAUCAUCUUUGGAGCGCGUCCGAAUUUGAGAGCCAGCUACGCGCACGAGAGGAAAUAUGGUCACUUAGAGAUUCAGAGGAGCGCGGUUCCGGUGAUAGUAACAUUGAAGCACACGCAUUGCUGCGAUUUCUGGGAUUGGAUUUGUACAAUGAGCAAACCAUAGAUAUUAACGCUGAGGAUCUGUGGUUGUCGCUUCUAACUGCCGCAGACGAGGAAGGAACUCCACAGCCUCAAGGGUGGAAAGCGCCCAACCUGCGAACACCAUGA